GUACGCGUCUGCACACAGAGCGCAUCUCCACACUAUACACACAACCUGUGUCGGCGAGUGCUUCACUACACAAAGACAUUGUAGACGCGACGUUACGUUUAAACCAACGGAACAAUAUGGGGUUACGUAUGUUACCAAUCCUGAUAUUACUAUUUGGAUGCGUAUGCGCACAACCAGUAAGCGAAGCUCAGGCGUCGGAGAAGGUUGCUGUUUUUCAGCAAGAUGUAGACCAAGACAAAGAUGAUCUCAAAACUGCUGCUAGCAGUACAUAUACACGUAGAUACUCAGACUGGGGCGGCUAUCCCAGCGGUUACAGCGGGUAUGGAGUAACAGGUUACGGAACAGUAGAUGAUAAAUACAACUCCUACUAUGGCAAUGGAUACGAUAACACGUACGGAUAUGGCGGCGCCGGCGGGUACAGUGCGGGUUAUGGCGGAGGCUAUGGCAGCGGAUAUUCUGGCAACGCUGGCUAUGGGGGAAGCAGAUACGGUGGAUACGGAUUGACUGGAUAUGGAAACGGUGGCUACGGCGGCUAUGGCGGUAACGGUGGUCUCAACUCCUACUACGGCUACAAUAAUCCCUACUACCAAGGCGCUUACCAACUCGGCUAUGGCUAUUACAAUAGAAAACCUGGAUACGGUAACAUUUACAGCAACGGUAUUACCCCCAGCUUAGUAACUGGGUACAGAGGAUAUUCAAGAAGAUAAAUUGUGAGCAGAAUAAUAUUAUGAAUUAGUUUUAUAUUUUAGAUUUAAUAGCUUAGUUAGCAUCCUAUUAAUAAGUUAACCAAAGUAUUAUCCAAAGCUAUGAUAAGAUAAAACCAACGCAAGUCUAAAAUUACAGUAACUGAGAUAUUUACAUAUUACAGCAACCUUAAUAAAUAUUCCAUUGACCACUAAGAAAUGAACAAUAAAAGAGUAAUAUAUUUUGAAAA